UAGAACACAAGCAUUGAAUGGCUUACCUGCUCUUAUUCAUACUCUUCAAACCCCUACCAGAAAAGUUUUUUAUGCAUUUGGCAUGUAUGAUUGAAUGUGUAUAUAUAUACUCCACGUACAAAGUUGUGGAGUAAUGUAUUUCUGUUUUGAAAAGGAUGGAUCAAAAACUUGAAUCCGAAAGCAGAGUUUGCGUCACGGGAGCUUCUGGCUUUCUGGCAUCUUGGCUUAUUAAGCGACUUCUCAUGUCAGGAUAUCAUGUAACUGGAACUGUCAGAGAUCCAGGAAACCAGAAGAAAUUGGCACAUUUGUGGAGGCUGGAAGGAGCUAAAGAAAGACUGAGAUUGGUGAAGGCUGAUUUAGUUGAAGAAGGUAGCUUUGAUGAUGCAAUCUUCGGGUGCCAUGGUGUCUUCCACUCUGCUUCUCCUGUACCCAUACUUUCAUCUGAUCCAAAGGCAUAAAUCCUAGACCCGGCUAUUGAAGGCACAUUGAAUGUGCUUCGUUCAUGUAAGAAGAAUCCAUCUCUAAGGCGUGUGGUUCUCACCUCAUCUUCUUCAGCUGUAAGGGUGAGAGAUGGUGAUGAUUUUGACCCCAAUAUUCCAUUGGAUGAGUCAUCUUGGAGCUCUGUGGAACUCUGCGAGAAACUGCAGAUUUGGUACCCUUUAUCAAAAAUUUUAGCUGAGAGGGCAGCAUUGGAUUUCUGCAAAGCAAAUGGGAUCGAUUUAGUAACCGUUCUACCCACAUUCGUUGUUGGACCUAGUUUGCCACCUGAUUUAUGUUCUACUGCAUCUGAUAUACUUGGCCUGCUCAAGGGUGAAACAGAGAGGUUCAAUUGGCAUGGAAGAAUGGGAUAUGUUCACAUCGAUGAUGUUGCACUUUGCCACAUCCUAGUUUAUGAGCACAAAAGUGCUCAUGGUCGAUACAUUUGCAACUCGACAGUGCUUGACAACAAUGAGUUAGUAUCCUUGCUAUCCACAAGAUAUCCUUCCUUACCUAUCCCUGAAAGGUUUGACCAACUGGAAAGGCCACACUAUGAUUUCAACACCUCAAAGUUGAGGGGUCUAGGAUUUAAGUUCAAGACUGUCCAAGAGAUGUUUGAUGAUUGCAUUGCCUCUCUGGUGGAGCAAGGCCAUCUUUCUCCAUUCUAGCCAUACAUUAUGCUUUCUUAUCGAUCCUUCUCGCCCUAGUAAUUUAUAGUUCAUAUCACAUACCACCAAAGUACCAACAGAAAUGCAGACGUAAAUGUCUUGACUUAGGAAGUCAAUCAAUAAACCAAGGCAGCGGAUGCAUAGUCCAAUACCUUGGCACUGAAAUAAGAGCUUCACUUUUUGAUACACUCU